UAAACCUCUUUCAUCAUUUUCUCUCAGCACUGAAACUCAAAGUUUCAUUUCCAUCAAUCCCUCAAAUUCAAUUUCAUAUAUAUAUUUCAAUUUUUAUAUUUCCACCCCCCAAGAAAAAAAAGUCAUUUUGGACCAAUAAGGUCGAUCGGUUCCUACACAAUGGGGUACUGCUGCAACGACGACCUCAUCAAACCUCUUUCCAUCCCCAUAAACUGCACUUCCCAACCUCUUAAUCAAAACCAUUGCAGCAAUACAGAAGAAAGGAAUAAUAAAGAGGGGGAUGGAAAAGGUACGAGGAAGACGGGAAGUUCAAGGUGGAACCCGACACGUGAGCAAGUAAUGGCGCUAGAGGAGCUUUACCGAGGGGGAACACGAACACCGACCACGGAACAGAUCCAAGUGAUAGCAUCUAAGCUCCGAGAGUUUGGGAGGAUUGAGGGCAAAAACGUCUUCUACUGGUUCCAGAAUCAUAAGGCUCGAGAAAGGCAUAAACGCUGUCGGCUUGAAGCAGAUGUUAAUAAGAACCCUAAUGAACACCAACAUCACCUUGCUGCGGAUAACAAGGUUUUAUCAGUAUUGAGAAGGACAGGCGGUCACAAAGUGGAGCAGACAAAGAGCUGCCAAUCUUCUACAGCCUCUCAGGAUCUUGUUCCAGUGAAUAAUAAACAAAACAGCAAUAGGAAUGGGACGACAGAAAAUUCUGAAAGGAGAUCGGAGAGCCAAAAAGGCUCCACGUGGAAAAUCCCCAUGAUCACGUCGGACACUUCACACUACAAUAAUCACCAUGUGAUCUUCACUUCAAAAUUUCAAGAACCGGACCAACUCGGGAGCGAAGAAGAAAGGAGAGAAAUCCGAACGCUGGAUCUCUUCCCGGUUAACUUAACCGGAAACAAGGAGAAAACUGACGAAACCAAACCAGAAGGUUGUACCGGGACGAGAAAACCGAACGGUUUGAGGUGCAACUACUACUAUUACGAGUUCAUGCCUCUGAGGAGCUGAAGCCAAUACCCAUGUGGAUCACAAUAAAUACGAGUUAAUGUAAGUUUGAAUGAAGAUUUGUUGCUUUGUCGGAAAAUGGGAAGUGGUGAGUAGUUGUGUUCGAGCUUUGGAUGGGGACGUGUAGUAAAUGUUGGGUUUUUAAGGUUACCGAAAGUGAAGUUGGACCAUGUUUGGCUGUGCCUGAAACCUUUGAUGGUUCG